AUGAGUCGAGCAGCACUGUUGUCCAUUUUCACAGACACUCGUUACGCGGUUUACAUACUGAACGUGAUGAAAGGCAGUGAGCUGCUAAUAAUAUGCACGAAUGAGACCAACGACCCCAUGGAUCCGUCGACAGAGAUCUUGAAGCAUCGUUACAUUAUCGAGUGCGACGAUGUCUCGACCGUACCUUGCGACUACGACAAGCGAAUUGGGCAAACGGAUCGUAUGCUGCAGUGA